CUUCGUCCACCUUCACCGCUGCCAGCUUCCACGACCUCGCCUACCUCUCUUCUUUUCCCUUCAUUCCUCUCACCCUCCCUCUCAUCUCUAAAACCCUAACCUCCCACGAAGCCAAGACCGCCAGAUACCACCGCCGCCACCGUCUUGCACCACCGUCGCUGUCUCCGGCGAGCUUUCCUCCCUCUCAUAUUUGACCUAUUCUCCAAUCCUCCAUUUUUUCUGAAACCCUGAUCUCUACUAGGUCCGUCCACCGUUCACACCGUUGGUUUCUAGCAUAAAGAUCACCAAGCUUUAAGGUUCCGAACGUUGGUGGGUGGCCGUCGUCCUCCGCAAGUCUAUCCUCCACCCAUCAGCAGACUCCUAGCUCCCUGGCAUCGCUCCUCGCGACUUCUAGAAGGUUCCCUUUGAUCUAUAUAUCCAUGGUGGCGACACAGUUAUCAGGGGCUGGUUUAUUGGUGAAGAGGAGCUUAGCUUCCUUGGACGGUCUUUGCCUUUCACCCCUUAAGUCUAGGGUUUCUUCCUUUAAUUGGGUGGAGCUCAAUCAUAGGCACUUUGAAGGUUGUGUCCUAAGGUUUCCUGUCACUGUCACCCCGAAGCUUUCGAUAUCCAUGUGUGUUAAUGCUAGGAGCACACGGAACCCUGGUAUUGACCCUGAUACUUCUAUUAAGCAUUCACUGGAGGAUCAUCCAGAGAAGCUUAGUGAUGAGCCAGUAAAAUCAUUUUCUUCUAAGGAACUGCAUGAUGGAAAACCAGAGAUGGACAUGCAUGCCCAGAAAGAGGGAUCCAUCUUACACAAACAGACUGCAAAAAUCCAUGAUUUUUGUCUAGGCAUCCCCUUUGGUGGAUUUGUAUUCAGUGGAGGGCUUCUUGGAUUUAUUUUCUCGAGAAAUCCUGCUAGUCUAACUACAGGUGUGCUGUUUGGGAGUGCUAUACUGGCCCUAGGUGUACUUAGCCUAAAGGUCUGGAGGAAAGGACAAUCCAGCUUACCAUUCAUAUUGGGGCAAGCAGCCAUUGCUGCUGCACUUCUUGGCAAGCAUUUUCGGUCAUACUCUUUGACAAAGAAACUCCUUCCUUCAGGACUUUAUGUUUUCAUAAGUGCUGCAAUGAUUUGUUUCUAUUCAUAUGUGCUGAUUGCUGGAGGAAACCCACCACCAAAGAAGUUGAGAGCAGCUCCCCCAACACAGCUGUAAAAUUCAUGCAUAACUUCAUUGCUUUUGAGAGCAUGUUAGCACUAUUGUUGCUUGUUUGCACACACACUCCCAUGUUCUUCCCCUGGCUUAUGCCUGUCAGAGAUGAGAAAUGUGGUCCUGGAUUUAAAUUGCGGAAGACCCAGUUAUUUGAUGUUAUUUGACAGUUCAGCAGCAGUGCGUCGUCCUGAAGUAUUACAACUGAUACUGCUUUACAUAAAUAGCAUGUUUAAAGUUUCAAAACAAGUUGCAAGGUAGGAUCAUGGAAAAAAAUUUGAUGUAAUACAGACGGCUUACGCGGACAUUCCCUGUGUUAAACCUGCUGGAUGUGAAAUAAGUGGUAAAUUAUACUUUUAGUGCUUGCGAAAUUGUCAGAAAGCUGGCUUUUAUGUAUUUUUUGUGAUGUAAUAAAGUGCGAAUUUUAUGCUAUGUAUUUGAAACGUCACCAAGCAUUUCUGGGC